AAGAGCAGAUACUGUCAGCCCUUGCCAGAGAGAUAGUGACUGGAUAUAACUGUGGGAAUCCAGCAGCCGCUUCUAGUAAAGAAAAACAUGCAGAAGUCUCUGAUUUUGCUCGUGCAGUCAAAACAUUCUUCAAGCAAAAGUGAAUACCAGAGCAAACAGGACGAGAUUCAAACGAAAAUGCACAAACAGAGCUUUAUUAAAGAGCUGAAGAAUCGGUGCUCACACCUAUUGCAGCAUCAGAAGGCAAACACCGAUUCCUCUCAACAUGCAAUGGUCAAACCAAGAGGAGGAAAAGUCAUUUUAAAUCCCACCCAUGAAGAAGUAUUGAAAUGGGCUGAAUCACUGGACCACCUACUGAGUCAUAAAUAUGGGCUGAUUGCCUUUAAAACGUUCCUUAAGUCUGAGUACAACGAUGAGAACAUUGAAUUCUGGCUGGCCUGCGAGGACUACAAGAAAAUUAAGUCACCCACAAAACAAGCCUCCAGAGCAAAGAAGAUCUUCUCAGAUUUUCUUGAGCCAAUGUCUCCUAAAGAGAUUAAUGUGGAUUACUAUACUAAAGAUGCAAUCACCAAAAACCUUCAACACCCAACGUGCACGUGCUUUGAAGUUGCACAGAAGAAGAUCUACGCUUUGAUGGAGAAUAAUUGCUAUGCAAGGUUCCUUCAGUCAGAUAUCUACCAGAACAUACUCAACAACAGUUACAACCAUCAUGAAACAUGAACACGCUCAUUCGUUCAAAGCAAAUCUGAAGAUGACCUCUUGUCGAGAUGUGGUUGUUUUCUUUGCUGUGAAUAAAGUACUCCAUGGGAAAGGACUGAAAGCUAACAGCUAGUCGGGCGUGAAAAGUGGAAGGCCAAGACGAGGUCCCAGAAAGGAUAGAGAAAAGUCCAAUGAAGCCUGUUGAAAGGCAGAGAGAGAGAAGUAACAACGGACCACUGUGAGCAGAAAAUCCAGUGGCUUUCCAUUGUGUGACACUUACCAGAGCCAAGUUAUCUGCCUGGAGGUGAAGGAAACAGAGCAGAGUGUAGAGCCUCCAGGAAGACAGAAGGACCAGUGGAGGUCAGGAAGCCUGCCCUGCCUUUGAGAAGCAAAACUGAGAGAGAGAUGAGAAAAGUUAGUGAGGAGAGAGGUGCACGUUGCAGUGGCAGUGCACCAGCAGUAAAAAGUGCAUUGCCGCAAUGACAAUGCUUUCAUUUAAUAGUGCUUAGGAUCUAUAUAAUUGCUUAGUCUUUCAGUGUGUUUAUCUAAGUGCAAAAUCUUCCUCUGUAAUCUCUGAUAAGAUUGGAUUUGUGCUUCCUGCUGUCUGGAUAGUCAGAUCUAAAACAGCUAUCCCCAACUUGAAAUAUUUAGGGUUUGAGGGAAGAUUAACUGCUCCAAGUUUGCACCAUGUUAUUUCUGUAAAAUGUGACUUGGCUGACCACUUAAGGUCUGAUAUCUUUGUGUAACUAGUGAUUGCCUGGCUUCUCACACUGCCGGUGUUUCUGUUGGACGUGAUCCAAAGUGAAGGAAGCCAAUCGAUUACAGAGUCAGUAAAAGAUUUUGAAUCAUUUUGUUGUACUGAAACAGUGAACUUUGGAUGAUGACCCUUCAGAUCCAAUGUAUAAACCGUGCUUUUGUGCUUCAUUUCAAAAUGCUACCCAACCUGUAUUAUAGAUAUCACUUCUUGAUACUUAACCAAGCUAAGAACUUUAAAGGGUGUGGAGGACGAUGUGAAAAUAUCCAGAGGUGUGACUUACAGACCAACAUUGUGCAGAUGCUAAAGCUGUACUCUUGCCUGUGAUGUGAACAACUUAAAUAUAUGUUGAUUCCAUUAUUGAAGAAUUCUGCAUUAAAAAUUAUAAAUAAAGUUAUUUGAAUUCA